UGUUUUCUCUGGUGUUGGGGGCGGUGGCGUGGCUGAGAUCUGGUUCUUCCCGGCCACCCGUGUCCUAGCUGCUGCUCUUCGGCGGGGAGGCCAGGAGGGGCCCUGCGUUCUUCAGGCUGCUGUAUUGCUGAAGGCCAUCUCUAGUUCACCCAGUCUUCCAGACUGCGUGCUCCAUGCUUUGAGACCAGGAGGACCUUGGUGUUCUGAAAUGAAAAUGGAGGCAGUGGGAAAAGCAGAACAACUUGUUGAUUCAGAAGUUCCACCAGAGACUUCUGAAAAGCAGGAGACUGCUCCUGAUGAAGACAGACCUAUAAAACUGGAGACACAAACUCGGAAAGAUAAUGUGCCCACUGCAGCAGACUCUGUGGUGCUCUCUUCAAUGCCUUGCUUACUGAUGGAACUGAGGCGAGACUCCUCAGAGUCUCGACUAGCAUCUACAGAGAGCGAUAAGCCAACGGGUAGUCGAGUUUAUGAGAGUGACUCUUCUAAUCAUUGCAUGCUUUCCCCUUCUUCAAGUGGGCAUUUGGCUGACUCAGAUACGUUGUCUUCCACAGAAGAGAAUGAGCCCUGUCAAGUUGAAGCUGCUGUAGAGGGAGACCCUUCUGUGGUGUCUGGGGCUGCAGUUGGGAGGAAAUCCAGGCGAUCCAGGUCCGAAAGUGAAACAUCAACAAUGGCUGCCAAGAAAAACCGACAGUCUAGUGACAAGCAGAAUGGUCGAGUUAUCAAGGUAAAAGGUCAUAGAAGCCAAAAGCACAAAGAAAGAAUCCGGCUGUUAAGACAGAAACGGGAGGCAGCUGCUCGCAAGAAGUACAAUCUGCUGCAGGACAGCAGUACCAGUGAUAGUGAUCUGACGUGUGACUCGAGCACGAGUUCAUCAGAUGAUGAUGAAGAGGUUUCAGGGAGCAGCAAGACAAUCACUGCAGAGAUACCAGCUGGCUUCAGUCGUGCUGGGGGAUCUGGAGGAGCGACCAGGGAAAUUCCAGGAUUGCUUGACAGGGGCACCGUGUGGGAUAGGAACUGCAUAGGCAAUGUCCUAGAAGAGGCCAUGAACUGCUUUGCCAAGAUGCAGAGGCAGACAGAGGAGAAAUUUCGCAUGUGGAUAGAAAAGCUAACCCGUCUUGACACAGAUGAAGAAAGCAAACAACAACUGGAGCCCAGGGAACCUAAAAUUCAACUAGUUGGCCAAAGAAUCCCCACUACCACACAGUCAGGGGCUUUCAUACAGAUGCCUGAUAGCCAAGUACUUCCACAGCAGUCAUUUAAUUCUUAUGUGGGCUAUCAAAAUGUUGAUGCUACGCUAGAGUUUCCAUCAACUCUUAAUAACAGUUUUCCACCUAUCUUUCCAGAGAAUGGGAAUAUUGCAGAGCCUGAUCUGAAUCAAUCAUAAACGUAAAAAAAUCCGAUCUUUGCAAUCUUAAUGUUACUUUGGAUUAUGCUGAACACAGGGUUUGCUUUUCUUUUGUAUAAGUUCUUGUUUUUCUCUUUUGGGUUUUAUUACCAUGGGUUGUUUUUUAAUUUAUAGAGAAUAUAUAUGUAGCUUAAAAACCCCGCAUGUGCCAGCACACACAUAUGAUUACCUUUAAAGAUGUGGGGUGGAACCACCCUAAGCUUUCAUCACCAAACUUGGGAAAAUAUAACUUAGAAUCCUUGUUUAGAUACCCCAAAAUCAGUAGAGCUCUUUGUUACAAUAGGAGCAUUCAGAGUAUUAAUCCAAAUGCUCUUUUUGCAUGUUAAAACAUUUAUAUAAGGAAAUAAGUUUUAUAUUUAAAGAUGUAAAGUACCCUAGAGAACCAGACCCGUACCAUUCUUUAUCUGUUUACUCCCAAGUUUUGCAGCUUGAACAUGUCACACAUUAGUUUUUCUUCUUCCUUUUUAGGCAGAAGUAAUAAAUAAGUUUAUACUAAAGAUUUAGCUAUAUAUAACAAAUGUGCACAAUAUUUUUUUUGUCUCCCGUUUAGUACUUUUUCUGUCUGGAGUGUUUAUUAAUAUCACUGCUAUGUUGCACAUGGCAUACUUAUGGAAGCAGCUGUCUUACAUUUUGUGCACAAAUACACACAUGUAUACAUAUAUGUGUGUUUGGUUUGGGUGGAAGUCAUCUCUAAUUUUAGGUGUCUAGUUUGCUGUGCUGUGGAUCUCCUGAGUCAAUGGGAAGAGAUAAGCACCUACAGAGGAUACCGCCUAGCAGUGUCUUUCUCUUCAAUUAGUUGUCUAAACCUCCAUUAAACAGUUUAGAAUAGAUGACCUUUGGCUAAAGUUAAGUGAGAUGAAUCACACCCAACUGCAUGUGCAUGCAUGACCUGUGCACACAAAGCACUGCUGCUUCCUUCUGUAUAUAUGAUCAAACUGCAUCCAUCAUGCUGGAAUAAAAAUAGUUGUGUCACUCUUAAGAUAAGCAGCUGUAGGUGGAUGGAUUGAGUCUUGGCACAGGAAUUUAAAGGAAGGCUUGACAGUCAGAUUAGUAAACACUCUGGUGGUCUGAAGGUAUGGGUUGCUGAUCUGGGUGAGACAGCAAGAACCUCUUCUGAACCAUGUCUGAAUGCUACUGAAAUAAUUACUUGUGAUGGAGAAUGCCAGAUCAUGAGUUGCAUUUAAAUAAAACAAUAACUUGCUACUGUUUGGAUUUUUUUUAAUACUGAUAGUUAUCCUGAAUAGGCAGGCUUGAAACGGUUAUGAUGGAAGUAGGAUUAAUUUAAACUAUAUAAUAGAAAUAUAUAUUUAAUUCUUACUAUUAUCACUAUACACAGGGAUUUUUUUGUCACCUCUCCAUUAAGGCAGUUCUUCAUGUGAAGUAACUUCUCUAGCUACCAAAAACGUAUAUUUAUCAUCAGUUAGAACUUGCUGAAAGAAUUUUAAUUUGAAUUAGAAACUAAUAAUAGAAAUUGAAAGUCUUUGCAUAAACAUAGUUUAAGUUAAGAGAACACUAUAGGUCUUUAGCUCUGUUAUUUUGCUUUUUAAACCAGUCACCUUUUUUUUCUGAAUUAUUUUAGUGUAAUUCCUUUUCUUCCUGUUGGAAAGAACCACUGUAUCUUCUGUAGGUCUGAUUUUUUUUCUUUUCCUUCCCUGAAGUCAGUGGGAGGUUUUUAUCAAUUUACAUGGGGGAUCAAACCUGUAACAGGAACUCAAGAAAUGCUUUUUCUUAUCAAUGUAAUACUAACACUGGUGUUUUUUAAAAAAAAAAACAAAAACAAAAAGUAAGCCUGGCCCAAGAAUAAUGUAUGUGAUGCCUUCAUUAAAGAAAGAAAAAUGAGGUUAGAGAGCUGUGUUACUUUCAGAAUAAUUGUUUGAGAGACUAUGCAGGACAGUUCUUAAGUACUGGAAUAAAUUCUUUACAGAACAUCUUCAUGCAUAAUUUUGAUACAAAGAUUUUGAUAUGAACUUGCAAGAAAACUCCCUUGUCUGACAUUGUGUACAUUUUAACUAUAGGUAAAAGUUAAAUUAGUUAUUUUAUGUUUGAUUACAAUUUAAUAAACUUGUCCUCAUCUGUGUAAAGUUUAAGAUCCUUCAGGUAAGAUUAAGGUAUUAAAAAAUUACAUCCUUCUGGUGUUCAUAUAUAUAUAAAACUUUAUGAUGAUAAGAGCAGCAUAUUUUAAAGCAUGACAACUUUACAAGUCUUCCCAUGCAUGCUGAAGCAGCUUUUUGCAGUGACUGGUUUCUUUUAAUGUGUAAGAGUCCCUUAACUCAGUAUGUCUGUAAGCAUGCUGGAUGGCAGUGCAGCCUUCUGGUGUAUCAGCCACUCCUCCCAGCUUGGUAUCAUCAGCAAACUUGCUGAGGUUACACUCUAUCCCAUCAUCCAGGUCAUUGAUGAAUAUGUUGAACAGGACUGGACCCAGCACAGACCCCUGGGGAACACCACUAGUGAUAGGCCUCCAUCCAAACUCUGCCCCGUUGAUCAAGACCCUCUGAGUUCUGUUGUUGAGCCAGUUCUCAAUCCACCUCACUGUCCUCUCAUCCAACCCACGCUUCCUUAGCUUGCCUGUGAGGGUGCUAUGGGAGACCAUGUCAAAUGCCUUACUGAAGUCAAGACAGACAACAUCCACUGCUCUCCCUUUGUCGACCCAGCCAGUCAUGCCAUCAUAGAAGGCUAUCAGGUUGGUCAAGCAUGAUCUCCCCUUGGUGCAUUCAUGUUGACUACUUCUGAUAACCUUCUUGUCCUCUACAUGCCUGGAGAUGACCUCCAGGAUGAACUGUUCCAUCACCUUUCUGGGGACGGAGGUGAGGCUGACUGGCCUAUAGUUUCCCGGGUCCUCCUUCUUGCCCUUUUUGAAGACUGGAGUGACAUUGUCUUCCAGUCCUCGGGCACCUCUCCUGUCCUCCACGACCUUUCAAAGAUGAUGGAGAGUGGCUCAGCAAGAACAUCCGCCAACUCCCUCAGCACCCAUGGGGGCGCGUCCCAUCGGGGCCCAAGGAUUUGCGAGGAUCCAGUUUGCCUAGGUGAUCUCUGACCCGGUCCUUCUCAACCGAUGUUAAGUCUUCCUUUGUCUUUGGCCUGAGGGCCAGCCUUAGCAGUAAAGACAGAGGCAAAGAAGGCAUUCAGUAACUCUGCCUUCUCUGCAUCCUGCUUUACCAGGGCCCCUUCCUUGUUCAGCAGUGGGCCCACUGUGUCUGCAGUCUUCCUUUUACUGCUGAUGUAUUUAAAGAAGCCAUUCUUGUUAUCUUUGACAUGCAUUGCCAGAUUUGAUUCCAAGUGGGCCUUGGCCUUCCUCGUUGCAUCUCUGCAUACUCUGACAACAUUCCUAUAUUCCUCCCAAGUGGCCAGUCCCUUUUUCCACAUACUGUGUACCUCCCUCUUCCAUUUGAGUUUCUCUAGAAGCUCUUUGCUCAUCCAUGCAGGUCUCCUGGCUCCUCUGCUUGAUGACUUCCUCCUGGGGAUGCACCGAUCUUGAGCUCAGAGGAAGUGGUCCUUGAAUAGCCACCAGCUCUCUUGAACCCCCCUGCCUUCCAGAGCCCUAGCCUAUGGGAUUUCUCCAAGCAGGUCUUUGAAGAGGCCAAAGUUGGCCCUCUUGAAGUCCAAGGUUGUAACUGGACUCAUAGCCCUGCUUCUACCUCGCAGUAUCCUAAACUUGACCAUCUUGUGGUCACUGCAGACAAGGCUACCCCCAACUCUCACACCCUCAACCAGCCCUUCCUUGUUAGGAUAAGGUUGAGCAGCACAUCUCGCCUCGUUGGCUUCUCCACCACUUGCAUCAAAAAAAUGUCCUUGAUGCUCUGCAGGAACCUCCUGGAUCAUGCACACCUUGCCAUGUUGCUUUUCCAGCAAAUAUCAGGGUGGUUGAAGUCCCCCAGGAGGACCAGGGCCUGUGAUUAUGAGGCUACUUCCAGCUGUCUGUAGAAGGCUUCAUCAACUUCCUCUUCUUGGUCAGGUGGCCUGUAGCAAACGCCCACAACAGUGACGCCCAUAUUUGGCUGUCCCUUAAUUUUUACCCACAAGCUUUCAACUUGUUCUCCUUCCACUUCAAGGCAGAGCUUGAUGCAUUCCAUAUGUUCCAUAAAAUAUUUUCUCUUCCUGUAUUCACAUACUGUAAAUCUUUAAGUAAUAUUUCAAGGGCAUUAAGAAAUUAAAUCCUAGCCCUAUUAAAACCAGUAGAAAAUUUCUACUAAUUUCAGUGGGGCUAGCAUUUCACCUCAUUAGAAAUUGAACUUAUUCUGUAGUUUUUGGUCGGAGAAUCGUUCAGCUGACUUUAAGGGGAAUCUUUGCCUGAUGAGUGUGUGUACAUCAGGCCAGUUGAGUAGAUGUUUUUAAAAUAAUCAAGGUCUGCACUGUGACUGCUGCAGUUCCAUUUAGAAGUAUUAAAAUAAAUGUGCUGUGUAAUUUGUACUGUAGAAGCUAAAAUAUUCAGGUUGAUUGAUAGAGAUGGAUAGUACUUUGCAAAAUAUGCAGCUAGAAACUGGUCUUUCUCACAAAAUUUUAUUAGUCUUAUAGUGUUAGUUCAGCAAAAUGAAGGCACAUGGAUAAUAGGCUUAUUAAGUAGAAGCAAUUUCAAGUGCUCUGUUAAAUCUUGCAGGUUGAAGGAGCAGGGGGUUAGUCUGGACCAUCAGAAGUUUUGCAUUGAGACUGUACCAGUCUUUCCAUGGGAAGAUGCAGUUUGUACUUGCAAAAAGUGUGAUGUUUUCUGGAGGGGUGUGCAUGGGGUGCGUGUUUAUCUGCCUUUUCCUAAUGUACAUUGUAUUUAUAUAGGGAUAUUUUUUUUUAACUGUGAUAGCUAUGUAAGAGUAGGGUGUGAUGGUUUCUAAAACUCUCCUGAUACACUUUUGCAAGUAAAACUGAGGAAGAGAUCUAAUACAUCUGCUUUCAUAAUUAAUGAAUCAUUAGGUGGCAUCAGCAAAAAUAAAUCCUAUAAUGAGAUAUAAAGUGCACAACACCUGAUAUUUUCAAUACUCAGCCAUGUUCGAUGUGGCUUUGCUUAAUGCACAAUGAAAAAGACUUUAUUAUGUCUUAGAUAUAAUUUGGUAAAACAAAUCCAAGAUAUUUUCCAUCUAGUCAUCAGAGUCUGAAAGAAUGCAUGUUGAUCAGCAAGACUUGAAUUUUUGAGAUUUCUUUUGAUGUGAUAUAUUUAAAAUGAUCCAGUCUAGAGAACAGGUAUUCCUUUGAUCAUGUUUUGACUUUAUUAUUUUGUUAUGGUAAAAAAAAAAAACGAACACCCAAACACAAAAGCUUUAUUGUGUGAAAUUAAGGAAAAUGUGAGGAAAGUGGAUUAAUCGAUAACAUUUUGUUUACUUUAUUAUUUUUAGAAUGUUGUUACAUUACUAUUGGGUUUUUUAUUGUAUUUACAAUGUAUUCUUUGCCUAACCCUGUAAAUUUUGAAAUGUAAAUACUGUAAUCUGGAAUAAAUAAAUA